AUGGCCACAAACGAGCAGAGCCCUGCGAAUGGGGACGUCUCCAACCCGGAGCUCGACAUCCCUAAACUGCACGCCCUCCCCUCUGAGCAGCAGGACCUCUACCUUCUCACGUUUACGUCCGAUCUUGCUCGUCAUGUCUCCUCUCUCGACGCGGAUGGUGCCUCUGCCCACCAGAUAUACGUCAAGAAGCAGCUAUUCCAGAUCAUCAACCUCCCCUCGCCUGCACCUACACGCAUCAUUCGCAACAACCUGGGCAGGACGUUUGCUGGAAUAUUUGGGAAAGGAGACCGCAAACUGCUCUUUGAGUCUAUCAACGAGCUGGUAACAAUUCUGAAUGCUGCAGGCAGGAGCGAGAAGGAUAUCAAAGCGAAGCACGCCGCGGCCCACAGCCUUGGAUACGUAUAUGAAGCUGCUGGGGAUAGCGCUGUGGGCCUAUCUGGCCUUGUGUCGAUGUCCCUAGUACGUCUUCUCAAGAUUGCUCACAAUCAUGCCGGAUUUCGGGCCACCAUUUUCAGGGCUCUAGGAAGAGUAUACCGAGGGGUUGGUGGGUCUGCUGAUGAAUCUGCAGCUAGAGACGUGUGGAAACAAGCAAGAUCGGCUGCCUCAGGAGACAAGUCUCUGCUUGUCCAGGCGAGUUCUUGCUGGUGUUUGGAACAGCUCGUCCGUGAGACGGGUUAUUUCGACAACUCCAACGACUUUGAGAAACUCCAAAGUGUUAUAUGGAAAGCACUCGAAACUGGAUCUAGCACAGUGAGGCACGCUGGGGCCUCGUGUCUUAGCGCCGCUUUGGUUAAAAGCUAUUCGGAAACCGCUACCAAGGAAACUCUCUCGAGAAGCAAGACGAAGAGGAAACCAACGAAGAAACAGUCUCAAGUCGAAGGAGACGACGACGUCGUUGAGAGGCCUGGUUCGCCGGCACCGCAGAAACCGGCAACGCGUUUAGCAUUUGCGAUUCCAGAACUAUUCAGGCAAUUAUCGAGUCAUUAUUGUCGUCCCGCCACCAGCAAUCGUGGCCGAGCUGGGAUUGCUAUUUGCUAUAUGAAGACUUUACGUGGCCUCGGCGAAAAGAUUAUUGAGAGCAAAUACGGAGACAUUGCUCGGCACCUCCUCAACGACUUGCUCAGCUAUUCAAGCAUCGUACAAAAUCGAUACCGACUACUUACGACGCGGAAAUAUGUUCGAAUUAUUUUAGAGCAAGUUAUUGGGCGAGAAAUGCUAGGGGAAUCUGGCCAACUCAACGCUUCCAAGUACCUCGUCAAUGAGAUUCUCAAGGACUACCCUCAAGCGUUGAAGGAAAGGCCGGAACCGUCGAAGCAAGUUUUGACUGGGGCGUUAAGUGCGCUUUCUUCUCUGAUGAACAGUCUAGGAUCAGCGACAAAUGCAGUAGCGGAUAUUUGUCGAGAGGGAUUGCUGCAAGUUCUUCAACAUCCCAGCUACACUAUUCAAGUGUACGCCGCCUCUUGCCUACGCUCUUUCGUUCUGGCUUGUCCUCAACAACUGCUACCCUCUGUCACCAUAUGCAUGAAUAGUGUCAAUCGGGAGCUGAGCCUGCUUGCUGGGCCUCGCCAAUCCCCGAGAAGAUGCGUUGGGCUUGCCAACGGUCUCUCUGCCGUUUUGAGUACUUCAAAUCUGCAACCGUUAUAUGGAUCCGUUGAUGUCAACUCCCGGGUGCUCUCUCAAGCCACUACAUUGCUGAAAUCCAGUAGCAGCUCCGACUUGCGAAUUUCCUCUACACAAAUUCAAGUCGCUUGGAUUUUGAUCGGAGGCCUGAUGACUCUCGGGCCAAAUUUUGUCAAGAUUCAUCUUUCUCAGCUACUGCUGCUCUGGAAGAAUGCCCUGCCAAAGCCUUUGAACAGGGAUAAUAUGGUACAACGUAACGUUUUAGAGUUGAGCUUCCUUGCGCACGUACGAGAAUGCGCACUUGGGUCUAUUCUGACCUUUUUGGAAUUCAACAGCAGGUUGCUGACUUUGGACGUCACUAAGCGUUUGGCUGCCAUGCUUCAAAACACUACUAUGUUUCUGAACACCCUACCAACGAAGAAAACCACGGACGAUAUCUCCCAAAGACUCUCACCAGCUCUUCAACUGCACGAUUUUGAUCUCAUGGUUCGGAGAAGGGUACUCCAAUGUUACUCGAAGCUCGUCAAUCUAAGCCCGCCUGGAAGCAGCGAGAUGCUUUUACAGACCAACUUACUUCCGUUUGCACUUUCAAGUUUUGCGGACCCUGAUAAUUACGCACCCAGUUCUCUCAGUACUUCAAUUGCCAGCUCCGCCGGCACAUUCGAGAGUAUAUGGGAUGUUGGUGACAAUUGCGGCUUUGGAGUUACUGGACUACUCCGUGCAUUCGACAUAAAACCCCUACCUGGAGAACAAGAUCUCAGCACGCAGAAUCAUUGGGUAACUAGGAGUGGACCAGAAGCCAUGGUAGAUCGAACACUCCUCUCACCAAUCUGCGGAGCUCGAGAGCAUGACUCUCUAACCCUCUACAUUAACAAUUCGGACGAUCUUAAUAAUCUUCCUGAUCCGCCUUCUACAGAGGUGAUUAAUGCUGCAAUCAAUCUUUUCGCGAUAUGUCUGCCGCUUCAGACUCCGAAGGUCCAAGAGAGCAUACUUGAGCAAAUGUCGUCAUUUCUCUCCGCCAACAAUCUACAAAGAGAUCCUGGACGAAGGUCGGCAAUGAUGGUGAAUAUUGCUAUGGCCUUACUAGCUACUCUGAAGGUUGCCGUGAAAGAGACUCGGUCCGCUUCUGGUGAUCUAAGAGGCGGCGCUGUUGAAAAGGUCAUGCAAGAGCUGUUGCAUAUUUUUAUCGUACAUCCUGAUCCGUAUGUUCGAAAUGUAGCCAGCGAGGCGCUAGGACGUCUCUGUAGCAGCUCGGGGAAUGCUUUCACUACAGCUGAAGUCAACUACCUAGUCGAUCAGAUUGUUUCCAAUAGGGAGCCCAAUGCACGAUCAGGAUGUGCGCUUGCUUUGGGAUGCAUACACUCCCAACUAGGCGGCAUGGCAGCUGGCUAUCAUUUGAAGAACAUUCUGGGAAUAUUGAUGUCCCUAAGCAAUGAUCCCCACCCAACAGUCCAUUUUUGGGCUCUGGAGAGUUUGUCGAGAGUGGCAGACUCUGCUGGCUUGACUUUCUCUGGCUAUGUUUCCGGCACCCUCGGCAUGCUUGCGCAGUUGUAUGUUGCCGACACUCACAACGACGAAUGUGCGUCAUUGGCGUCCUCUAAUCUCGAAAUCGACCUUCCCUCUCCAGCAGUCAUUGCUCGCUGUAUUGAUAGUAUUAUCAAUGUUCUCGGACCAGACCUUCAAGACAUGACAAAGGCACGGGACUUGAUCAUGAUACUUAUCGACAGGUUUCAGCGUGAAGAAGAGCGACUGGUCCUUAUUGAAUGCCUCAGAUGCCAGGAACAUCUGUCGCUCUAUGCUCCCGGCCACAUGGAAUUUGCCGCCUACGUCAAGCACCUUCAAAAGGAUCUCGAUAGCCACUCAGUUCAAAUUAGGGACAUGGCUAUUGAUGGACUUCACAACCUCAUGAGACGUAAUGCGGAAGAGGUCAUGCGAACUGCAGAGCCCGGCUUGGAAGAUCAACUCUGGCUAAUAUUCAACACAGUUCCAGAGCAUGAAGUCGUACGAAACAUAAUUCGAAACUGGCUUCAUCAAACGGGACUAUCCAACACAGCGGAGUGGGUACAAAGAUGCCAUACCGUUCUUACCAAAACCAUGCGCCGGCCGGAGCAGGCCGCCGCUCCACAGAUCAAAAAACCAGCGGUGCCAGAUCUACAGGAUGAGGAGGUGGCUGGAUUUGCUGCUUCCGCCACAACGGCUGGUGAAGACGCAAGCUCUUCGGCGCAAUCUAGUCAAGAAUUGCUGAAGUGGCAAGUGCGGACAUUUGCAAUGGACUGUCUUAGCGAGCUUCUCUCCAUGAUCAGUGGGGAGGCAGCGUCGCAAGAACAUUCUCCAGCUGCACUGGCGUUGCAGCAGAGGAUUGCGGAUGUAGUGCGCAUCGCUUUCUCUGCAUCUACCGCGGGUGUUGUGCAACUACGAAUUAGAGGUUUGAAGAUUAUUGACCAAGUUCUGAAGAUCUUCGGCAAGACUCCUGACCCUGAUUUUGCGGAAGCUUCACUUCUCGAACAAUAUCAAGCCCAGAUUGGCUCAGCCCUCACUCCAGCUUUUGCGGCAGACUCUUCUCCUGAGCUAGCGGCAGAAGCCGUCAAUGUCUGUGCGACUUUCAUUGCUACUGGCAUUGUCACAGAUGUGGAUCGAAUGGGUCGUAUCCUCAAGCUUCUCGUCUCAGCCCUCGAAAAUUUCUCCAGUGAAUCUGAAAUUGCUUCCAUCGGUGACCUGAAAGGCCUCAGCUCCAAUGCCCAGGUCAUGGUCAAGAUGGCCGUAUUCUCGGCGUGGGCGGAGCUUCAGAUUGCUAGCGCAGAGCAAAAAUACCUUGUCGACGUCUUGAAACCACAUAUCGCAAAAUUGACCCCUCUUUGGCUCUCAUCACUGCGAGAGUACGCACGGCUACGCUUCGAGCCUGAUAUCUCGUCGUCAGGACCCGGCUCCCUCUCUGGAAGCUUAGACACGAUAUACGCCGCCUUGAACCGAGAGACGCUGCUAAAGUUCUACCAAGAUUCCUGGCUCAAUCUUGUCGAUGCGAUUGCAAGUCUCAUUGAUGAGGACAGUGAGUUCGUCUUCGAUGCACUCGAUGGGAAAACGGAGCCCUCAACGCCCAGCGCAAAUGGCAAACCCAGCGAUAUCAACUAUCGAGACGAGCCGGUCGCUUUCUUCUUCGUUCUUUUCGGCCUUGCUUUUGAAGCGCUGGUGGGGAGACCGGGAGACAUGCAAGCCACCAAGGAGCAGAUCUUAGGGAUAUUACAGGCAUUGAAGAAGAUACUUCGACCGGCUGUAUCGGGUCAUGCCAUUUACCAGGAAGUUGUCUUCUCGGAGACUAUGGAUAUGCUCGAUCGGUUGGCACUGACCGAAGGACUAAGUGUACAAUCCGUGAUCGUGGAGAUCGCGAGGAACCUGUGUCUAGGCCACCCAUCAGCGAGAAAAGGGCAUGAUGGGCCUGUCGGUGAAGAGAAGUUGUCAGAGGACAUCGAUCAGCUGUUCGAGUUGACUAAGAUCAUGGUCCUUGUGCUGGAAGGAUUGGUACCAAACUUGACUGAGAAAAAGUCACAAGCUCGUCCCGAUCUAUCUGAAGAAGCCUUAGCGCUGCUGCGAUUGUCUCUAUCAGCUCUUGUAGACGCCGCAGCUGUGUUCCCUUCUGUCAUCAAGACCGACCUUCAUGCCUGCAUCCUUCACAUAUUCACGACUAUAUUGUGUACUGGAUCGUGCCAGGAGACCGUCGUACCCCAGUCACUUCCCAUAUUCAGGCGCUUCGUCACGAGUCUUGCUCGCUCAUCAGCUCCCGAGACCACUGUGCAGCUUCGUGGCGUCCUCACUCGCUUCUUAACCAUCCUCAAACACGCACAGAAGCGUGAAUCGGAGGUGGCACUGCCCUGCGAGAAGAACACUAUUCUUGCUACGACUAUUCUGCUCAGCUCAGCAGCGCGGGCGCUAGAGGGCAGUGAUCCGCUCCUAAAGCGUUUCAUCGAUGAGAUCGGCGAGUGCCUAGAGAACCGCAUGACCAGCAAGGUGGCCGCAAAUUGUUGCCGUACGCUCCUCCUACUCCCCAGCAAGGGUGCUGCGGAGUCAGCGAUGGCGUCUCACCUUCUCCCGAUUCUUGUGUCCUUCCUGGCUAACCCGUCCGAUGUCGAAGGCUUAGAUGAGAGCCGUACUAUUAUCGCGCACUCAUUGACUUCUUUCGUACCUGCCCUCGCGAAGACUCAGCAGAAGCAAACGGCCAUAGCGCUUGUGGUUCCUACACUGCUCGCACGCGCGAGCAAGGAGGGCGCUGACACGUAUAGAGAGACGGCGGCACGGUUGCUCGAGCUUGCGGGAGCUGAUCAGACUGCGUUCAAAGUGGUAGUGGGUGGUAUGAGUAACGAGCAGAGAAGCUUCAUGGAGAGCGUGAUCAAAGCGGGCAGUGCGGGUGUGCAGGCGAGAGCUAGGGAUGCGCAGCGGAGGGAUGAGGGUGGCGAGCCUACAAUUGCGUUGAAGAUGAACUUCGGAGGGUAAGGAAGAUACGCAUUCUCGGCGAAGUAAUGCCGAUAAUCCAUUAUCGAACUAUUCUCACUGUUUUCAAAGACUCGCAAGCGCAGUAUCGAAGUCGUCAUCAUUAUGAGGGGUAGGCUUCUGUCCUAUAUGCAAUAUGCAAGCUAGUCAUGUACAAGGCGUGGUUCAUCCUGACCGGUCAUUGGCACACUGCGCGCUUCUCUGCAGUUCGGAGUGUUGGUGGUGUUCUCAUGCUCAGAGCGUUGGCUGUGUGGCUACUUCGUUACUUGGGAUCAACAGUCCACUGGGCUUGCAGAUAAGAAUAGCAAUCGUCUUGAAGCAGGAGAAUAUUCCAGGUAGGCAAUUCAUGUUCCCAAAACAAGCUCUUCAAGUC